AUGAGUACGCUCCUCACCUCCGCCUGGAUGUGCCAGUACCUCCACCAGCUAACGCAGAAUAGCGGCCUAAUGGACUACUCCACCACCGCGCAGGACCUGUACCAGACCUUCCGGGAGCUGGUCUACGACCGCCGGGGCUACUUGCACUUCGAAGAAGUCGCCCGCAACUCCUGCGAGGACUCAUCAACCUACACCCUGCACAUCAGCCACCUGCGCCAGGCCGCCCUCCAGCUCCUCGAUCUCGGCGGGAAGCUGGCCGCGCUGGACGCCUCCGCCGCGGCCGUCACACAAUCCCUGAGCACUUCCACCCCGCUCCCCACCGCCGACGUCCUCGACGCCAUUCAAACUUCCCAGAACAUUGAGACUGCGCGCUGGCACCUCCAUGACCAGAUCCGGCGGACCUUCGACACCGCGCGGUGGUGGCUGCACGACCUGGGGGCGGUCAUCACCGACGAGCUCGAGGACGAGAAAGUCCCCUUGCCGCUGUGGCAGCAGAUCGCGGACAAGCGGUUCCACGCGGAGGAGUACCGGGGGUUUGCGGCGCAGUUGGAGGCGUGGUUUGCUGCGCGGCAGCGGCAGCAGCAGCAAGGUAACCCUAACUCCCCUCACUCCCUUUACUCCCCUCGCGGGGAGUUCAAACCAGCCCUCACCCCGCUCCACCACCGUCUCAUCCGCCUCAACAUCAAACGAAGACACUACAUCCUCGCGCUACAACAGCAGUCCUCGGACGUGUACACCGUCGCCCAGCUCCACGCCUUCCAGGAGCGAGGCGUGAACUUCCCCGCUCCGCCGCACGCUGACGCCGUGAUUCACGGGCACUGGACGGAGCCGCCGCCCUCCACCACCAUCACCACCACCACCUCUCCCCAAGGCCCAGCAACAAUAACCUCCCAAUGCCCCUACUGCCUCACCCCCGUCCCCACCUCCUUACUCGAAGACAAAUCCUCCUGGCGCAGCCACCUCACCUCCGACCUCCGCCACCUCACCUGUCUCACCGCAGCCUGCGGCACCCAAGAAACCGAGGGGUUUGUCACGGUGCAAGGCUGGGUGGAACACCUCGCGACGGGCCGGAAUAUCGGCGAGGAGUAUGAUUCCUUCUUUGAUGCUGCAUCAACCACAAAGAUUGCUGCUGGGGCUGGGGCUGGGGCUGGAGCUGCCGCGCACUCCCCUACGACGGAUAGAGUGCCGCAUACGAGUGUUCCGGAUACAUGUCCGAUUUGCCUGUGGCGGUUUGAGGGGGAAAGUGAUGGUGAGGGAGCGAUGCUUGUGCAUCUGGAACUCGAAUUGAGGUUCUUUGCGUUGUUGGCGGUUCCCUGGGCAGCGGAGAAGCCGUAUGAGCUUUUUGUGGACGGGGCGUGGGAGGAAUGGGUCGAGGGGCAGGUUGUGUUGAAGGAGGAAGUGAAUGAGUGGGUGGGGUUGGGUUUGUUGGAGGAUCGGGAGGAUGGGCAAGUGGAGGGGGAGGCUUUGGGGAGGCUUUUGGAGAGGGCGGCGAUGGGGGUGGAUUGA